AUGUUCAUGCUCACACUUUAUGCCGUUGGAUUGCCCACGUUGGUUCAAGCUGGCGGCGAGCUGGCAUUGGUUGGCUUGGGCACCGGCGGUGUCAAGCAGGUGUCCACCAUCGUCAAAGCUAUACGCUUGGGCUACCGGACCAUUGACACUGCUUUGCUGUACGGGAAUCAUGGCCUUAUUCGAGAUGCAAUCGAGCAAAGCGGCGUUGCCCGUGAUGAGUUUUUCCUGACGUCCAAAGUAGGAUUUUUUCCUACAUCCUUGGACCUUCCUGAGGAGCACCAGAAGGCUUUCGGCUUCCAGUCUUUGCCAGUGCCUGCAGCACUCGCGCCGGGAUUUCAUCCACUAAACCGGAAGGGCAAAGAGCUCGAGGCCAUCCGACUGAGCCUGGAGCAGCUCGGCGUUUCCUACUUGGAUUUGUGCCUCAUCCACACCCCGGUGACAUCCGCGCUGGAGCUUGCAGCCUCCUUCAUACCCCAUGUGUAUGGGCUUUGGGCAGAGUUCCCGAAGUGGUCUGAAGUGCUGGUGAAGGGGGCGUUGGCUGCCCUAGCCUCGCAAGAAGCUCAGCAACGCGUGGGCGAGGCAUACGAGCAGCGCAAACGGUCGUGGCAGAACCUGGAAGAAGCGAAACGACGUGGGCUUUGCAAGCACAUCGGGGUCAGCAACUAUCCGAUUGCCUUCAUGAAGGUUAUCUCGGAAGACCAUGAUAGCGUGUCCGCUGGGCAGGAGAUGGAGGCAUACAGGACGUUUCCGAUCUACAACGAACAGCAGGAGCUUCACCCCUUGGCGCAAUUUCGCCACAUCCAGGACUAUGCACGCAAGGCGCAGAUUCGCUUGACUGGCUAUGGCACAGGAGUCAUUGCUUCCAAUGCAGUGGCGCGUGAAAUUUCGACACGUCUCGGCCGAUCUCCAGGGCAGGUGUUGUUGCGCUGGGCGGUGCAAAAGGGCAUCGCGGUGACACCGAAGUCGAACAAGGAGAGCCGGUUGAGAGAGAAUUUGGAAGUUUUGGACUUCGUCCUCGAGGAGGAGGACAUGAAGUUGUUGGAUGCCCUCGACAAGGAGCAGGUUUUUUACUGGAACACCAGUCUCCUCGUGCCGGAUGUUGCACCGGCAGGCUUGCCAAAGUUGCCGAGCCGCUCAGAGUUCUGA